UGUUCACUGCCUGUCGAGAUAUUUGGAGGCUUCAGGACGAUACCUUUUAAAAUUUAACAACAGAGCUGGGUGAGCCAAGUUAUUUAGUGCGGCACUGAAAAAUAAUAAUAGCCUAAUAAUAAAAAUAGGACAGCAUGCUGACUUUGCCAUUUGAUGAACAGUCCUCCAAUCAAACCAUCAGUUCAUUAAGGAUGAGUUGGACCUCUAACAAAUUAGUCAAAUUGAUUAAGCCAGAGAUUGACAGAGCCCUAGAGGAAAGCCUUGAGACCAGGAGGGAGGAUGAACUGAGGAAUGCUGAAGUGAAGGAGGAGGAAAGUGAAGCAGGAGAUCCAGCUUGGCUCAGAAGAAGGGCUUCUCAAAAAAAGAAACUGAGCCACUCUCGCCUGGACCGGGUUCGACUACGACGGAUUGAAGCGAAUGCGCGGGAAAGACACCGCAUGCAUGGACUUAACAAUGCAUUGGACAGCCUGAGAAAGGUGGUCCCCUGUUAUUCCAAGACACAAAAGCUGUCCAAAAUAGAAACCCUCCGCUUGGCCAAGAACUACAUUUGGGUUCUCAGUGAGAUCCUGAGCACUGGCAAAAGGCUGGACUUGCUCACAUUCGUCCAGACUCUGUGCAAAGGUCUCUCUCAGCCAACCGCUAACCUUGUCGCUGGCUGUCUCCAGCUCAACACCUGCAGCGUCAUCUCACAACCCGACGAGGAGUCAUUGUCUCUGUACGCAGCCUAUCAUCACCAUCCUGGACCCGAGGCUGGGGGCUCCGCUACAGCGGGUAGCGGUAGGUCUCUGCGGCCCUUUGGCUCUUUCUGCAGCCCCUUUGAGUCUCUAAACGACAGUUCCUCUCCAGAAAGUUCUGAGUCUCUGGAUAUGGGGACUCUCAGCCCACCCUUCAACUUCAGUGGGCUUUUCACCCUCAAACACGAGGAACCGGUUGACUACCGAAGUUGUCACAAUGGUCUCCGCUAUUGUCCCAUCAAUCAGGGCUGCAGCUCAGACCUUGGUCCCUAUGACAUCCAACUCCGGGGACAGUUUUACCAGGUGCAGGGGGAAUUAAACAAGCCUUUCCAUAAUUAAUAAACAGCAUAUAAAUGGAUGUGUUAAGAAAGUCAGUACUGGCAACAAUAACGGGAAAAAAACAACUAGGGCCGCAUGAUGAGAAAGCAGUAAGUCAUCUUCAUUGAACUGUCUGGGGACAACAACCUGUAAUGUGACAGACACAGACAAACACACACACACAAGGAAAACAUGCAGAGUCCCAUAAUAAUACUAAUAAUAAUACUAAUAAUAACAAUAAUAAUAAUAAUCUGUGUUAGCUGCAUAAUGAUUUUUUCUUCUUGUGGGCCAAAUCGCUGAAGGUUUUAUCCAAAACACAUGAAUACUUUUAAAAUAUCAGGGCAUUUAUCCAGAACUUUGCUCCCUGAAACUACAUUUAAAUUGAAUACACAGCCAUUUCUAUGCUGUUUUUCCUGCAGCUGUCAUGUUGGACGAACAGAAGAAAUGUGGUGUGAUAUCGUAAUCCUCAUGUUUGCUGCUGCUCCCAUUCCUCUCUGUUUUGCUUUACGUUGUAAAUUAUUAUAAGGAUGUCAAA